AAAUGGGCUGCAGGUACCGCCUCAUGCUACCAGAAUUGAAAAGGACAUGAUCAAAAUGCAAAAUAGAGAAGAAUCAGUCAGGAUAUUCUAAAUAUGAAAAACAAUAUCUAUAAAACAUAAAUCACAACUAGCUAAAUGUGUUUUUACUUCAAGACGUUUUGGGAUUCCAGCCAUUAUGCAGAAGUAGAGUCAUAUUCUAUGUCCAGAGGAAACAACUUGUCAGCUGAACACAGCUGCCUGUACAGUUUUGGAUUCAUCGUGACUUUGGUUGAUAUAUUUUUGGAGCAUGUACACAUUGAAGAAAGAAGAGGAUCCAGCCCCCUGCUUUGGGCCUUUCAUUAACAAGCCCUUUCAAAUGCUACAAUGACUGGCUUUAUCUAAGCAACAGUACAAGCAUCUCAACUCUUGCAUUGAAAGCUCAUUAACAACAUGGAUUUGCAGAGAUGAUGAACCAACUCAAAAAUGAAAGUUAAACUCUGCGGCUGCCUGUUAGCACUGGGCUUUGGACUAGGCCUCCUCCAGUGCCAGACUCACUCAAAGCGUCAAAUCCUGCAGAGUAGUUCAACCAUAGUCCAUCUGUUUGAAUGGCGCUGGAAUGACAUAGCUGAAGAAUGCGGGCGAUACCUGGCACCUAAUGGAUUUGGCGCAGUUCAGAUCUCCCCUCCCAGUGAGAACGUGAUCGUGACUCAACCAUGGAGGCCGUGGUGGGAGAGGUAUCAGCCGGUUAGCUACAAUCUAUGUUCCCGUUCUGGAACUGAACAGGAGCUCAGGGACAUGAUCUGCAAGUGCAACGCUGUGGGGGUGAAGAUCUAUGCAGACGUAGUCAUUAAUCAUAUGUGCGCCCCUGACAUGGGGGAGGGAAGACGCCGUUCGACUUGUGGCUCAUUCUUCAAUGCCAGUAAGAGGGAGUUCCCAUCUGUGCCCUACACUGCUUCCCACUUCAAUGAUGACAAAUGCCCCACCCUCAGUGGAAAUAUUGAGACUUAUCAAGACAUCUAUCAGGUGCGUAACUGUCGUCUGGUAGGUCUUCUUGAUCUGGCUCAGGACCAGGAGCAUGUGAGGGGGAGGAUAGUGGACUACAUGAACAGGCUGGUUGACAUGGGUGUAGCAGGUUUUAGGGUAGACGCGUGUAAACACAUGUGGCCUGAGGACCUGAAGAACAUCUACAGCAAGCUCCACGACCUCAACGCCACUUGGUUCCCACAUGGUUCCCGGCCUCUCAUUUACCAAGAGGUUAUUGACCUUGGUGACGAGCCAGUAAAAGCGAUAGAAUAUUCUGGGCUGGGCCUCGUCACAGAGUUCAAGUAUGGUGCUAUGCUGGGCUCUGUUAUCCGCAAGUGGAACCAAGGAAAACUUGCUGACCUCAAGACAUGGGGUGAGCACUGGGGACUGCUGCCUUCUGAUGAGGCGCUCGUGUUUCUGGAUAACCAUGACAACCAGAGAGGACACGGUGCAGGGGGGGCCUCAGUAGUCACCUUCAGGGAGCCCAGAAUAUAUAAAAUGGCUGUGGCUUUCAUGUUGGCCCAUCCCUAUGGAGUCCCAAGAUUGAUGUCAAGCUACCGGUGGGAUCAACGAGUGGUUGGCGGAAAGGACCAGAAUGAUUGGAUGGGUCCUCCCAGCUACCCAGAUGGCUCCACCAAACCUGUCCCCAUACAGCCAGAUGGUAGCUGUGGGGAAGGGUGGGUCUGUGAACACAGAUGGCCCUCAAUCAGGAAUAUGGUGAUGUUCCAUAAUGUUGUAGAUGGGGAACCACUGGCAAACUGGUGGGAUAAUGGAGAGAACCAGAUCGCUUUUGGACGGGGCAACCAAGGUUUUAUAGUGAUCAACAAUGAUGACUGUCCCCUGGAUGUGACGCUUUACACCGGCCUGGCUGAAGGAACCUACUGUGAUGUCAUCUCCGGUCAGAUGUCAGGAGGUUGUUGCUCUGGCAAACAGCUAACAGUUAGAAAGGAUGGCAGAGCACAUUUUACCAUCAGCCACUCUGACCCAGACCCUGUCAUAGCCAUCCACACUCACUCUAAACUCUGAGACAUAAUAAAUAUAAAGUACUAUAUAGUCCCCAAACUAAAAGAAUAACCAAUACAUUUUAUCUGUAAGAUUUCUUUCUACAGAUUUCUGAAAAUAUAUGUUACCUCACAGAGUUGAUUAUUAUUUGUAAGUAAAUCAAUUAUAAAGUUUAUUGUAGGUGCUAACAGUAGAUUUAAAAUAAAGCUAACUGGCAUAAUCUUGACAAACCCCUUUCAGCUAAUAUUACUUAUGCGACUUAAAAGAGCCCAUCCGACCCUUGACAGUAAUCAGUUUUACAAUAAUUUCCUGAAGUAAAUGUCAAUUUCAAGGUGUUCUUAUUCAUUAUACAGUGAGUGAUGGCUUUACUAUGCAUAUUUUAUAGUUUUACACCCUGCAAGUUUCAUGAAGUUGUCGAAAUGAGUAGCAUUUAAACUGAAGUGAAGUAAUUCAUUUGAAUAAUUUAAAAUGAAUGUCUCUGAUAAGCAUUAGCAACAAGGUCAUCAGUUCUGCUCAAGCCCGUAGCUGUUUUUCAAUAAUGCAAGUUCUUCUUUGGAAGAAAAUUUUACUUAUGGUGUAAACAUUUUUAUGAACAUAUUUUAGUCACAGAUGAUGGAGAAAGAGAGAGAGAGCAUUCUUUUUCAACUAACCCUAAUUCUUACAUAUUCAGAGGGGCUUGGUAAAGUAGUAGAUAACUAACAUUGAGGUUCCCAAAGAGUACAGAGCUUUAAUUAUGCAAUCCUUUUCCAGCAAAUCAAAACAACAUGUGAAAAUGUCACACUACAGCAAAUCAUAAAAUAUCAACUCUGUGCGUGUUGAGAGUACAAUGUUGUUGUGUUGACGCAUUAAACUCAGGAACAUUCUCAUUAGACCCUGCUUGGGCGCACAUGCCCCCUCCAGCACUUGCCCACUAACAAACAACCGCACACCAACAGCAUGCUAACAAUGCUAACGCUAAACAGCCUAACUCCAGUCCCUUCAUCAUCACUCGCCCGGCAUUGUCCAAACCGGCAGCUAAAUCUUUGCCUCAACUGAUACACUGCAACCUUGCUUAUUCCCUGCUGUGAUAUUAGCAGAGCUGUAAAUGUAUUUAUGGGGGGGACAAAUGUGGCUGAGGCAAUCUUAGGAAAAUAUAUAAAUCCUGCCUGUUGAUUUCUCAGGGCCAGAAGUGUGUUGGUGGUGAUCAGCAUGUAAAAUAUAUUCCCUGGGUAACUCUUUGUGACUAAAGUAAGGGGUCAAAGCAGCCUGGCAAAAUGUGUGUGUGCGUGUGUGCGUGUGUGCGUGUGUGUGUGUGUGUGCGUGUGUGUGUGUGCGCGUGUGUGUGUGUGUGCGUGCGCUUUGAGACCACCACCAAUAGUUUUAAUAUAGCUUUUGGCUAAGUCUACUAUAAUUGUGUAUAAUUAGCUCAGGCACAAGACCCAGCGGGCCAUACCCAGCUGUGCGUGUCUGUGUGUUUGUAAGUUACAGACCAAGUUAUCAUCUGCUGCACUAGUCUGUAUCUUACAAGAUGUUCCAAUCUGCCCUGUGUGUAGAGUAUCACAGCACUGGGCAUGAGGAUGAUUUCAAUGUCUCGACCGAGCAGAACUGUUUUGGCAUUGUGAAACAAUAGGGAAUGCAAAAUGGCACCUGUUUAAAUUACAGUGAUCAAGCUAAUCUGGACUGAACAUAAUGUAUGAAUAAAUGAUUAUUGCUA